UUUUUUUCAGCCACUUCCUUGCAUCACUGCUCAGAAAGAGCGCUCGCAGGGUGCCAUCACUCGUACUUUGCAUCUUCACUGAAGACUCAAGUCUAAUCAAGCAUUUCUGUUAUUACCCUUCGAAGGGUAGUAGCUGCCGAGUCGCCGCAUUGACUUGCUCCUUUUUCGCAGCCAUAAAUGCCAGCCUACACUUUUGCAGAUGUCCAAUUGCAUCUUCGACCCUGUACCUGAAGGUUGUGAGAAGUGGUACAACGUUCACACGUAGUACAGAUAUGUCGUACGUGUGGAAGCUUCUAAAGAACACAAGAGCAUAUCAUGCGUUCGUAAUUCGAAUGCCGACCGCCGGCAGGUGUGCGCAAAGGUCGCGGUGCCACGCACACUAUCUAUCGAAUGCAAUUAGAUAGUGGCAUUCACCACGCUGGUUGAAUGAAGCAAUUGGGGCACCCGACGGCAAUUAGCCUUGAGAGGAGGGACAGGCAGUCUCUUCUCCAAGGGUGUAUAUGGAGCCAUAUACAUCAGCCUUAGCAACGAGCAGCGGAAGGCGAGCGAGGAACACGCAGCGACUAAUAAAGAAAGAGCAAGCAACGCUCGGGCUUUUUGUGCCUGUUCCACGUGUCUGUUACCCAACGCCAUACUAGAAGUUUGGAGUGCCCCUACACUGCGCGCGAGAUCAGUAUGUCAGAACUGAAUCCCACACUGAAGGUACAGUACCACGGUACUACAUACUAUGUUACAGUACAGCCUUCUACCACAACUCUCACCUCAUCCUCUUCCGCCCCCCAGCAACUCCCCCCGUCACCUCCCUCAUCUCCACCGCUACUCGUUGUGCGACAUAUUCCUCACGGCCCCAUUAAUACACGCGCUGACCUUCCCCAAAGCCGCGCUCUCGCACCCGAUUUUCUCCCUGACGUACUCCACAGCCACCUUCACGGCGCGGUGCUGAAACAUCGCGAGCGUCUCCUCCGUCUCGCCUGGCGUCUCCUCCUGCAUCCGGUCCACGAGCACGGCGCACACCGUGGCGGCCCGCACGCCCACCCUCUUCGCGAACGCCCCGAGCGCCACGCACUCCAUCUCCACGUUAACCACGCCCCUGCUGCGGCAGUCCUCCAAGAACGCCGCCCUCUCCGCGGCGGAGAAGUCUGCAAACGCCCCGUCGCGCCGCGCCUGCGCCACGUAGAACGUCUCGGCGCUCAUCGUGUCGCCGCGCACGCACCGCUUGCCGAGCAGCGCCCGCCCCUUGGCCGCGAGCUCCUCGCCGAGCGUCUCGUCCAUCUCGGCCGCGAGCACGCGCUGCUUGCCGAGCACGGCCAUGCGCAGCCCGCGCUCGAACAGCCCGUUCACGGCCUGUCGCGUCACCACCACCGUCCCCGCCGCGACCCCCACCCCGCCGCACGACCCAAUCCGGAUCAGCGCGUACGCGCCCGCCAUCGCCGACCGGAUCGCAAUGUGUAG